AUGCUGGGUCCAUUAGAACUACAGCUUUUCCCUUCCUGUUUCAACUGCAUAUCAUGGUCCGCAGAUGGUGAAAUUGCUGUAGCGGCAGGGGAAUAUGUCCAAAUAUUAGUCAAGAGGGAGGGAGGAAACGGAUCUGGUUCCCAAGCCGCAACCAAAAAUUGGAAUGUGACACGCAUUCGCACGAAUGUCUUCACAAACGGGGAAUGGCCCAUCAUACAUCCACAAAAGCGGGAAAACUUUUCAAUCGGGCCGGAGCAGUCCAUAAGCACUGUCGUCGGUUUGGCCUGGUCAGCCCCAGGACUUGCCAAGUAUAGGCGCUGUAUUUUGGCAGUAUUGACUUCCGGUCUGCUUCUAUCUUUCUAUGAUAUCAGUCCUCAAGGGAGAUGGACACGGGUUGCUAUCGUCAACGACUGUUUAAGUUCGUACUUCAAAUCCCUUGAUGAUGAAGAGCUCAGGUUACGGAAGUCUAAUAUCCGUUCUUUUACGUGGUGUCCGCCUCCCAAAGUUCCGAUUGCGGAACAGCAUGCCACAAGCUACGCAGUGUCACCUCCUGAAAGCCGCUGGGGCAUGCACCUACUCUCGGUCACCAAUGACGACAAUGAUGUGAUUCUCUUGCAGGCUCGAAGAUCCACAGACCCGACUUCCAUAAGCUUAUACUCUUUUGAAGUCCUGUCACUUACUUCACUUCAUGAGCACACAGAGAAUCAAAAUGUUCAACCAGGAUCGAUAUUCUCCUCUGCCCUCAGGAACCGCGCCAGGGUGUCUUUCAUGUCACCUGGCCCAUGGAUCUAUCAGCCAACCAAAGAAAGUAAUGGGGUUUGUUCUGCGAUUGGGAAUGUGGCUAUCACAUUGGGGACACAGCUCAAGAUGGUCAAACAUGUCAUAACCUUGAUAUCGGAUAAUGACCAGACACGUUCUCCAGUGAAGUACAAGGCCCGAUGUGUCUCUGAAGAGAACACAUCUUCGUACGGUGGUCUCCUGAACAGUUAUCACUUGACUGGGCCUCUGCAUUGGCUUUACACAGAGGGAUCCUCUGAAAUUGGUCUUGCCGUAGCUAGCUUUGCUGGAAUGAUUGCACUACGCUUUACUCGAGCAGCAUAUCAAGGGGAGAAAGCAGCAAAGAAGGGUAUCCAAGUUAAAGAACUACCGUUCUAUGAGCCUACUGGAAGUGACAUAGGCACUGACUCCCUGAGGCACUGGGAACAGACAAGUGCCAUGACUGUUGCUUUGGACGAAGCAUCGCAGACACCAAUCCUUCAUCUCGGCACUGUAGGUGGAUACACGGCGACUGUGACACUUUCUGGCAUCGAAAGCAACGAUGGACCCCCAGAAACGCCUUGGAAGAAACAACUCGAUAAUGUCCGCGAACAGUUUGACAUAGCCCGUGACCUUGGAGGAUAUACCAUCAGCAGAACCUGGGGUCUUGCGUCCUAUGAAGGUCUUGUUGUGGCAGCUUUUACACUACAUCCAGGAGACACGGUUGAAUAUCGGACUUCUGCAGAAGAGCGAACAACGCUUGUUUUCUCCCACGCGAAUGCAGAACUUACGGAAUUUGAUGACCUGGCUUUCCCCUAUCCCUUACCAGAUCGAUCACCGGACGCCCUGCGUAGACAAAGAGAAGCUACUUUGGGAUAUAUUCUCUUCGUUGAAGAUGGCGACUAUAGCAGACUGACAUUGAGUCGGAAAAUGCUCUAUGCAGCAGCUUGCUGCGCCAUUGUGGACUCUCAGAACGACACGAUAUUGUCUCAGGCUCGAAAUGCUCUGGAGUGGCUAGCAUCAAGUGUAGAUGUUGAUCUGUCUGAUGAGAUAGCUAAAUGCUCGGUGCCAGGCAGUACGAUAGACGCAAAAACUGCAGAGCAGCUAGAGGUUUCAGGCCAACAGAUCUUCGAACAAUGUGCUAUAUGCGAUGCAGGGCUCUCUUGGUACUCCGCCGCGGAAGCUCAGUGUGCGGCUGGCCAUUUGUUUGUGCGGUGCGGUGUGACAUUUCUGGCUAUUCAAGAGCCGGGCCUUUCGAAAUUCUGCUCGCGCUGUGGAACAGAAUAUCUCAGUGAGGACCUUGUGCAUGAUGAACUUGAACAUACCUGUCGAACCCUGUCGGACGCAUUCGACACCUGUAUAUACUGCAGCGGCAAAUUCCAAGCCUAG